AUGCCGGUCCGGAGGGGCCACGUCGCUCCGCAGAACACUUUCCUGGACACCAUCAUCAGGAAAUUCGACAGCCAGAGUCGCAAGUUUGUCAUCGCCAAUGCCAGGGUGGAGAACUGUGCCAUCAUCUUUUGCAACGAUGGCUUCUGCCACAUGUGUGGUUACUCCCGGGCUGAGAUCAUGCAGAAGCCAUGCACGUGUAACUUUCUCUACGGACCUGACACCAAGCGACUGGCUAUUGCCCAGAUGGCGCAGGCCCUGCUGGGGUCAGAGGAGAGGAAAGUGGAAAUCAACCUCUACCGCAAAGACGGUCAGUGCUUCCUAUGUAUGGUGGAUGUGGUGCCGGUAAAGAACGAGGAUGGCGUGGUGAUCAUGUUCAUCCUCAACUUUGAGGUCAUGACAGACGACACACUUGUAGACCACAAAGAGGAGUUGAACCAUCGCCUGCCCACCUGGCUCGUCACAGGUCGCCCACGAGGCUUCAAGCUGCGUCUUCCCCUGCUGCGCUCGCUGUCCAACAGCAAAGCGUCUUUGAACGACCCUGAGACCGGUCACAUCCCCAAAGCUACACCUCUGCAGCCGCAGUCAGGCCACCACAGUCCCGCGACCUUAGGCCUGGGGGAGUUCCUGCCCCGCCCCCACUUGCAACCAGACCACCAGGAGAAAAUCAGUGGAAGCAGGUUAGCUCUGCAAAGUUGGCCAGAAGACCGUCGGGAGGACCAGCGCACUUUACUGGGCUCAAGGCCUACUGUACCCCAUCCUCCACCUCAGCUUCCUCCACACGGAACCCACCUGGUUGGUCCCCUGACCCAGUCAUCACCCUGCAUAGCACCCCAUCACCGCCUCAGCCUCAACCCAGACGCCUCAGGCUCCAACUGCACCUUAUCACAUAGCCGCUCGCGGGAAAGCUUCCACAGCAUGCGUCGCGCAUCCUCUGUAGAUGAGAUCGAAGCCAUGAGGACCGACUGGGAAAGAAAGAACCGGAGAGCGAGUAUCCGGCCAGGCAGCAGCAGCACGGGUGCAGUAAACAGUAAAUCCAACAUACUGAACUCCACGUCAGACUCGGACCUCAUGCGCUACAGAACAAUCUCCAAAAUACCCCAGAUCACCCUCAACUUUGUGGAUUUCAAAGCUGACCCACUCAUUGCCCUGCCCUCGGGGGAGAUGGACAUCAUAGCUCCCUGCAAACUCAUUGACCGGACGCACCACGUCACAGAGAAAGUCACACAGGUACUGUCACUGGGUGCAGAUGUGUUGCCUGAGUACAAGCUCCAAGCUCCUCGCAUCCACAAGUGGACAGUGUUGCACUACAGCCCCUUCAAGGCCGUGUGGGACUGGCUCAUCCUGCUGCUGGUCAUCUACACCGCCAUCCUGACCCCUUACUCAGCCGCAUUCCUCCUCAAUGACCAGGAAGAGGUUGCUAAGCAGAAUUGUGGUUACUCCUGCUCUCCUCUCAACGUGGUGGACCUAAUGGUGGAUAUCAUGUUCAUCAUUGACAUCCUCAUCAAUUUCAGGACAACUUAUGUGAACGCUAAUGAUGAAGUGGUGAGUCACCCGGUGCGUAUCGCUGUUCACUACUUCAAAGGCUGGUUCCUCAUCGACAUGGUGGCCGCUAUCCCCUUUGACCUGCUCAUCUAUCGCAGCGGAGAGGAGACCACCACUCUGAUUGGUCUGCUGAAGACUGCUCGCCUCCUGCGAUUGGUCCGUGUGGCCAGGAAGCUGGAUCGCUACUCGGAGUACGGAGCGGCUGUCCUGUUCCUCCUCAUGUGCACCUUCGCCCUCAUCGCUCACUGGCUGGCCUGCAUCUGGUAUGCCAUCGGUAGUGUGGAGAGGAAUGGUUCAAUUGGCUGGCUCCACACACUGGGGGACCAACUGGGAAAACCCUACAAUGACUCCAUCCCAGGUACUGGACCUUCUAUCAAAGACAAGUACGUCACGGCUCUGUACUUCACCUUCAGCAGUCUGACCAGUGUGGGUUUUGGAAAUGUUUCCCCAAACACCAACUCGGAGAAGAUCUUCUCCAUCUGUGUCAUGCUCAUAGGAUCCCUGAUGUACGCCAGCAUCUUUGGGAAUGUGUCAGCCAUCAUCCAGCGGCUGUACUCUGGGACGGCCCGCUACCACACCCAGAUGCUCAGAGUCAGGGAGUUCAUCCGUUUCCACCAGAUCCCCAACCCGCUCAGGCAGAGGCUGGAGGAGUAUUUCCAACACGCUUGGUCCUACACCAAUGGCAUUGACAUGAAUGCUGUGCUGAAAGGUUUCCCCGAGUGUCUCCAGGCAGAUAUCUGCCUCCAUCUGAACCGGACCUUGCUGCAGAACUGUAAGGCUUUUAAAGGCUCCACCAAGGGCUGCCUCAGGGCGCUGGCCAUGAAGUUCAAGACCACCCACGCGCCGCCUGGUGACACGCUGGUCCACGCUGGGGACGUCCUCACCGCACUCUACUUUAUAUCCAGAGGAUCCAUAGAGAUACUGAGAGGAGAUGUGGUGGUGGCCAUCUUGGGGAAAAAUGACAUCUUCGGCGAGCCCAUCAACCUGUAUUCCCGGCCGGGUAAAUCCAACGCUGAUGUUAGGGCUCUCACCUACUGCGACCUCCAUAAAAUCUUCAGAGAAGAUGUUCUGGAGGUGCUGGACAUGUAUCCUGAGUUUGGAGACAACUUCUGGAACAACCUGGAAAUCACCUUUAACCUACGGGAUACCAACAUGAUCCCAGGCUCUCCCAGCAGUGGCGACUCAAACUGUGGGGGAUUCAACAAAUUACGGAGACGCAAGUUAUCAUUCCGACGACGUACAGAAAAAGACGAGGCAGAUGCUGGAGAAAUUAAAAAGUCCCAUAAGUCUGUGAGACGAAGACAUAGGGAGGCAGCUAGCAACCAUACGCAGGGGGAGGCGCCUCAGAGGACGUGGGAGUCACAUCGGAGCUCAGUGUCGUCUCCCUCCAGUGGUGAUGAGGGGGAGGAGUCUGUUGUGACGGGCCUCGCCCCUCCUCCUGAAGUUCUGGGUAACCCACAGGCACACGCCCCGCCAAUGAACUUCAAAGAGAACUCUGAGGCUGAUGGAGACCCCAAGACUGGGAACACCUGCAAUGCCCUGUCAGGUGCUUUCUCAGGCGUGUCAAACAUCUUUAGUUUCUGGGGGGAGAGUCGGGGGGGCGGUCAAUACCAAGAGGUUCCCAGCUGUAGCCUGACCUCCCCGCCGACAAUCAACAUGCCGCUACACAGCCUGAGCCGGCAGCAGCGCCACCAGCUGGACACGCGACUGGACAUGCUGCAGAAACAACUCAACAGGUUGGAGAGUCGCAUGUCAACAGACAUCGGAGCCAUCAUGCAGCUGCUGCAGAGACAGAUGGCUCUGGUUCCUCCUGCUUACAGCGCUGUCUCCACACCACCUCAGGCCUCGCCUUACCCUGGUCCUAGUCCAGAGCCAGGCCCAGGAGAGAUGCUGGUUCAGCCUGUAACACCACUGGAGACAGACACAUUGGCUUCUUUAUCACAGAUCUUGGAUUCCCAGGACUUUGAGGAGUUUCCGGCCCAGCCUGUUGAACCUCUGCAGGCCCAGGAAUCUUCUCUGAUCAACACGAGCCAGGGUCCUCUCACUCCCUCCAGACUCGACAGCCUGGGGCAGCAUCUGGAGCUGGAGAUGGAGCUGGGCCUGGGGACGGGGGCUGCGGCAGUUUCAGGCCCAGCAGCAGGCUCAAGUUUAGAGUUGGAGUUAGGGAGUACGGCGACAGUGGGCUCAAGCUUAGGAGCAGCGUUGGACUUUGGCUCAGAGAUGUGUGUCGUGUCCCGGAUUGGGCUGCCGACUGGUUCAGGAGCAUCUCCUCUGGAUCCUGAAACUCAAAGGAGGCUGUCCCUCCAAGAACCGCAGGCGCCACUGGACUCAAGGACACCACAGAGACACGGCUCCGACCCCGGGGGGAGCUAAGGAAGCGACGAAGGAUGUGGGGAGGGUGGGAUGGAGGGAGGGAUACAGGGUGAGAAUGAAUAGGUGUGAUGUUUGUAUCCUGCAGUUCCUCCUGUUUCCACCAGUUCUUGUGACCCUUUGGAGAUCAGGAGGCACCUGCUAACCCUAACCUGCUGUCAAGUAGGACACACAGCUCAGAAAGUGUGUGAGUGUGUGUGUGUGUGUGUGUGUGUGUAGGUGUGUGUGUGUGUGUGUGUCCCUGCCCCCCCCCCCCCUUUAAUGAAACAUCUGGAGCUUUGAGAACUUCACAACAACACAACCUUUAACCAAAACCCCGACACAGCGGAGAAGAGCUCUGCCUCUUAACGAACACUGUCUGUUGUGGUCUGGACGUCUCAGUCACCCUGACGGUGACACAACUGCUGACCUGUAGAAGAAUCCCUUUACUGCUGUAUCCAGUGUUGGAUGACUUACAAGAACAAGCAACAUCGGACAGAGUAACGACGAAACAAGUAGCCAUUUACGUCUUGCACUGAAAAUCCUAUUGAUAUAAUGAUUAUUCAAAUCUAUAUGUCCGUGGCGCUUCCGAUAAUCUCACAAACUGGCUGAUACAUUGUAGUGUUAGCUGGCCUAACAGGAAACCUGCUGUCCCAUUUUGUCAUUGGUUCCUUCACGCUGAUGUCCUGCCCCAAAGGCGGAGCUGCCGCCUUCCCAAGAGCACACUGGAUUGGCUAGUUUGCACCUCAGGGGUGGGAACUGGAGGGUUAAAAGCCAUGAAUUUUCUCAAUGAACAUAUCAGCUGCCCUAUCAUAAGCAUUGUACAGGUCUGCUAGUUACUGGUGAACACAUGGCAGGCUUAGGCAGUGUGACCAACAGGUAAACUGGCAAACUUACAAGUUUACCACCAGACCAGUUCACCAAAAACCAACAAUAUUUAGACAAGUAGGAAAUCCCAGUUUAUUAAUCUGUAAUGAGAUAUAUGAGUUGUGAUUUGUUUUAUUGUGUUUUUCUGUCAAACACAAUGAAGUGAUGAAGUCAUACUGGUCUGCUUUGAUUUCCAAAAGGGAAUCAACGCAAGUGCACGAAGGGCGACUGGCCGAGUGCGUCUAGUUUUUCAUAGUUGAAUUUGCUACCUCAGAUUUCAUUGGUCCUUACUUUUUUUCCACCUGAGCAAUUACCCAGAAUGCUUUUAUCUUGAACAUAACAGUCUGUCAUGUGACACGUAAGUUUGCCAGUUUACAAUGACCAGCCGAAUGCGCAAUUAUUCUAUGUACAGUACAAUAUGCAAACACUGGCAAGAAGAGAUGACUGAGUGUGCUUUGAUAUUAAUAUUGUUAUUAUUAUUAUUAUUAUUAUUGUGUGUGUGUGAUAAGUUCAAGUCCAGAGCUUUUUAUGUAUGUGUUUGUCCUGUUUUUUGUCUUCAGUUUGCAGAGCAUGGCUUCACACACUGUAGAUGGUCACUAUAUCCAAUGCUGAGGAAACCUUUCCCUUCUUUUUAGCCCCAAACUGAUGAAAUGGCAAAUCUGUUGUUUGGGAUUUUUAAUGUAGACAGCACAAAUAGAACUCCUUUAUAACGUAGGUUUAAAAAGAAACAUGAAGUCAUCCGAGUGCAUGUAAACUCCAGAAGAAGAAAUUAUAUAAUAGCAACACAUUUUUGAUGUGUUUUUUAUUAUCAUUGUUUCCCGCAAGUACACAUUGGAUGGCUAUACAGAGGGAACUUAACAACUAAUAUGAAUGAUCUGGUUGUAGUGAUGGUUUGUUUCCUUUAAAUUAUAUAUUAUGUCUGCAUAAAUAAAAAGAGGUCCUGGAACUUAGUUUAAUAUAAUGUUUGAGAAUUAAACAUCUGACAGGAGUCAGAGGUUUGUGAUUUAUGUCGAUGUGAUUGACACAUUUCAAAAAGUGUUGGAAAUUAACAACAUGUUGUGGUGCCACUGUCACAAGAGUGUAAGGGGCAAAGUCUGUAGUUUACCCAGAAUCCUCAGGGCAGGUGGAAAUGUACAAACAGGAGCAGGUGCAAUGACGCCCCCUCGUCACUCCAAGAUAAUUUUUUCCACGUGAAUGAAUUUUGCUUAGAAUCUUCCACUUUGAUCAGUUUUCAGUUCUCGAGAUGAAGGAAAAGGAAAACCUGUGUCAUGUGUAAUUGUCUUCCCUGAAAAAGAGAGAAUCUCCAGAUGGAGCCUUUCCUGUACCAACACAACGAGAGUCCUGACAGAGGCGGGACGUCCUGCCUGAAGUGCAAUAGUCCUUUAAACAGUUGAGACUUGUAGCAGCUUAACCACACCCCUUAAUGUUUAGCACUUUACUUUUUUAAACAGUGCGGAUGUUCGAUGAAGACUCAGGAACGUGUUAGUGAUUUCACAGGCUUCGUUUUCCUUGGUCUCUGAACUCGAAACCGACCAAUCAGCAGGAAACAUCCCAAACCUUCUUUUUGGUGGACUUCCCCUUUAAUGCAUAAUAGUGACGAUUGUAUUUUGCUGCUUGCAGGUCUAAGCUGUUUAAUUAAUUUAUUUGUUUGAAAAAUGUUUGUCCGACUAUUUAUCACUUGAGCUCAUUUGGUGGAGACUGGCUUGCUGUGUAAACUCUGUUCAUUACACUGAAAUGCAUCACUGUCUCUUAAUAUUUAUGGGUGUAAGUGCACAUUAAUCCUAAUAAUCUUUAAUCAAAAUGAUCCCGGGUCAUGGUCUGUGUCUUUCCCUGUGCAGUGAUUUGUUGCUGUGUACGAUGUCCUGCUUUGUAGCGGUGCACUUUAGUGUCGAACCAAAGCCAAUGAAUGCUCUGACAAAUGGGUGACAUUUUGAAUUCCUGUACAAAUCGACCCUUUUAAGACAUUUAAGUAAAACCAAACAGCUGAAUGUCACGCUCUAGUUUGACUCAAACUGAAGUUGUAAAUGCAGCUGUGAUUUUUGACCUUCAACCUAGGAGAUUUUUACACAGACUUGAAAAUCAUUUUCUGGGGUUUAAUCAGGACGGUUUGAAAGAGCCAAGCCCAGAUAACCAUUGUACAGUAAGAAAAAAUAUCCUAGCUGCUUUUACACGAAUGGCGAUUGACGUGUAUUGUUGCUACAAAGUUGGGAGAAUCCCUGAAUCUACUGAGUCCCUCUCUCCACUGAACCCUGUCUUCUUUCUCUUGUCGUUUAAUUGGGUUUACUUCACUGAUGCGCCCAUUGCCAUUACAUCAUCUUCACCAGCACUCACCAGGGGAACCCACAGUAACCACUAAGUGAAGCUGGCAGUCGGACGUUGGUUGCUUUUUAACAGUUGCAGUGCUGAGGUACUGAUUUCCAGACGUGGGCUCUCCUCGACAUCACGUACUCUGUAGCGACUGCUUAUUUUUGUUCCUGUUCAAUAACAGUCACCUAGUGGCCUGAACUGUAUCUUUUACAUUCAGAACUAUGACCUCAAAACUAGAAUGUGGUCGUCGACUCUUCUUGUUUGACCCUGUUGUGACCUUUAGAACAAUAUUCAGUGCUAGAGAAUACAUUUGUGUAAUGCAUAGUGCAUAUUAUAGCAGUAGAGGGCGCACUUUGGAAAAAAGCAAACAAACAGGGGACAAGAUUGGGGAUAGAAGUGAGGAUGUUGUCAGCUUAACUCAGCUUACACUCACACCUGCACACACAGACACACACACACAAACACGUCCCUUAAUAGGGCCUCUUCCACUCUGCAGAGCUUUUUUUCAGCUGUAUUCAGCUUUCUGUGAGUUCCGACAGACUUGAGUCCUUGUAGAUAUUUUGAGGAUUUGGGGAGGGGGCUGGGUGAGGGUGGCUGUUUGGUACCGUUUACACAACACUGGAUCUGCUGUCGCUCCUCGCCUGUACAUACCGACUUCUACUACUUGUAAAGGAAUCAAAACUCUUGGGCACUCGUAUAGCCGGCACUAUGCAGAAACGGAAACCUUUUCUUUGGCAUGCUUUGAAAUGCAGAAUACUAUAGAGGAAACUAUACUAAAAUGAAUAAACAAAGUCUGCUCUAAUUUCUUAUUUAAAUAAUCACUUUAUUUGGAGAAAAAAAAAUUAAAAGCUGUCCAUGGUCAAAAUGGACAUGAGGGUGAUGAAGCUAAAGACUUUUAAUAUUGUGCACAUUUCUACUUGCAUGCUGCACCGAAAAUCAUCCAGCCAUGAGAGGUUUUUGACGUGCGAAGCAGCUGAUUUUCCGCUGUAUGCUUGCAAACUGUGUGUAGAGUGAAACACUGAAUUCUUCCGGGUUCUUCCGGGAGAGUCAUAUUUAUAUAUAUACAUAUAUACAUAAUACUUCCAGGUCAUGGAAGAGAGGGGUACUGAAUAGCUGCAAACAUAGUGAUCCUAGAUGAUACAAUAUGAUAUUGUAUAUUUGUAUCUGGUUGCAAACCACUGUAAUGGAACGAUGCAUGUGUGGCAGUCCUGGGCAGACCUACUGCUGUUUCCCAGAUAUCGAAGAGCACUUGAUUUACCUUUGUCACGUCUGUGUUUCCACUUUGACCCCGGAAGGUAAAUCAAGUGCACGUAAACUAUUAUAAAUUCUGCCCUGCUGGGAUGGGCUGCACCCUGAAGAGUGAUACUGUUGUCAACCCAUCUGAGAGUGUUGUCGGACCCCGGCUAUCUUCCUGUUCCCUGCACGCUGUGUUCACAUCACACACAACAUUUUGCUGAAGAGUACAGAGUGGUGUGGUGUCCACAAAGGCCUCACAGAUGUUUUGACAGCAGCGGAUCUUUUUAACAGUGUAUCCUCUCCGACUGACAGUCCCUGGAACAUUGAGGCGACCAUGGAUACAUUGUGACACUGGGCUGGUCAAUGGAGUGUUUCUUGUAAUACAUGAUUCAUAUCAAAUGUGGAAGACAGCUGGAUGGGACAAUGGGGAAGCUUCAGGUUCUGAUUGUGUGAUAGCAUUAUCAAUGGUUGAACUUUAUAACAUU